GCCCUGUCCACGCAGCGGGGAGUGGAAACAGCCUCCCGGGAGAGGCUCGGGAGCCUCGCUUUGGGCCGGAGGUCACCAAAGAGAGAAGAGGCCAGAGUGGCCGCGGACCGCUCCUUCCCGCCAUCCUCCGCUCUCUAUCCCGGAAACUGACGCUGCGCGGCGGAGCUGGGAGUGUUUGGCUGCGGGGCAUCAUUCGGGGCGGUUCGCGCUGGGCCUCCAGAAGCGUCGAGAUGCCUUUGGCAAGGGAUUUAGUGCAUCCAUCCCUAGAGGAUGAAAAGAAGAAACAUAAAAAGAAACGCCUGGUUCAGAGUCCAAAUUCUUACUUUAUGGAUGUCAAGUGUCCAGGCUGCUACAAGAUCACCACAGUCUUCAGUCAUGCCCAGACAGUGGUUCUUUGUGUAGGUUGCUCAACUGUGUUGUGCCAGCCUACAGGAGGAAAGGCCAGACUCACAGAAGGUUGCUCGUUUAGAAGAAAGCAACAUUAAUGACAUUCAGCUUCAUGAAUUCGACAUGAUAUAUAUCUCAGAAAGCCUUAUCUGUUCAGCAAUCCAAGUUAAUCUGUCAAUAUAAUUAAGUUUGACUUUGUAAGGUAUAUAACAGUGGUCUUCUGUUUUGGAGUCUGUUUUACAUUAAAAUUUUAAUUAUAUGCAACA